AUGUUGAGAGUAUCUAAAUUUUUAAAAUUUGCCACCAAUACAGUUGGCAAUGGCUUACAACUGUCACUAUUGUCAUCACACGAGUCAUUUCUCACCAAAUUUCCGAUUAAAAGUGUAACUCUGCCAGGUUCUGAGGGUUACUUUACCGUGACACAGGGGCAUUCACCUUUGUUAUCAACUCUGAAGCCCGGUAUUAUCUCAAUUUCUGCACAGGAUUCCAAUGAAGUAACCAAGUAUUUCAUCUCUAGUGGAUUCUUUGUUUAUCGUCAGUCAGACAACACGAACAGUGCCGAAGUUGUAGGUGUUGAAAUCGUUCCUCUCGACCAUUUGGAUAAGGAACGAGCAACUUCAGUACUUCAGGAGGUUUUAGCAGAAUCACAAAAUAGCUCUGAUCCAUGGGCCAAGGUAAAAUCAUUCUUGGCACAAGAUUUGUGUUCAUCAAUUAUAAAGGCUGUUCAAUAAUAUGAACGGGUUAUCGCAAUUUUAAAGCUACCAUCCAGGUCGGAGUAUGGAGGUUAUAGUAUGGCAAUUUCCCUGAAUAAUGUCAUACAUUUGCAAUGCCACAAACCUUUAGGCAAAGUUUAGAAUCGGCUAGCAGUCUGUAUGGACGCUCAUAACAAGGUUCACUUUUGAAGUGGAGCAUAUCUUCCAAGUUUUCUAUGGAUUCGUUUGUAAUUUCUGGUGAAUUCCCAAGGGAGGCCUUUAUGAACGUUAUUGAUUUGCAACUUGAAACGCCUGACAUGAAGCGACGUCUCUUGAAGUAUUCA